UUGCAAAUUCUACACUUUUCUAUCAUCAGCCAAGCGCGCGGAGUGAGUUCCGGCUCGUAUCCCGCCAGAGGUUAUCCGCUCGCAUCAGUUAUGAUUCAUAGUUCAAUCGCGAUGUACGUUUUUACCACCGUUGCCGGUUUACUGGUGUUCAUUUUCAUCCUGUACGAAAUCUAUCUUCGAUCGCUUCCAAGCUACCGUGCAGCCAAAUACUUUCCCGGUUAUCCGGUGUAUCCGAUCGUUCAGAACCUCUUCACAGCACUGUUCAAGAGUCAAACCGGAUCGUUCCAACAGGCGCGACAAUGGGCUCGCAUCUUCAACCACAGGACUUAUCGCUUGCUGAUACAAGGAGUCCUAUUUGUACAGAUCAUCCACCACAAGGACGUUGAGAUGUUGCUGUCCAGUUCCCGGUUGAUCACCAAGAGUCCGUUGUACAAGUUGAUCGUUCCGUUCAUUGGUAAAGGUCUUCUGAACAGCACCGGGGAAAAAUGGCACCAGCGCAGGAAGAUUCUGACGCCCACGUUCCAUUUCAACAUCUUGCAAGGUUUCUUGCAAAUUUUCCACGAAGAGUGUAGAAAACUAGUGUAUCAGUUGGAUAAGGACGCCGCGCAGGGGAUCACUACAACACUUCAACCCUUGUCUACACAAGUAACCCUGAACACGAUUUGCGAAACGGCAAUGGGUCUGAAACUGGAUACGUCAGAGACAGCCGAAGUCUACAAGAGCAACAUCCGAGAAGUUGGCAAGGUGAUCCAACAACGGAUAAUGAACCCUCUGCUGUUUGAAGACUGGAUCUACAAGAUCACAGGUUACCAGGCGAAAUUCGACAAGAUUCUCCGUCCAAUUCAUGCCUUCAUCAACAGCAUCAUCCGACAGCGAAGAGAAACAUUUCAUGAAACGAUGAAAAACGUGGACACCCCAUCGGAGGAGAACAUAUACACCAACAUAAAGCAGCGCUACGCCAUGCUGGAUAGUCUUCUGCUGGCGGAAUCCAAGCAGCAAAUUGACGCCGAAGGUAUUCGCGAGGAGGUUGACACGUUUACCUUCGAAGGCCACGAUACAACUGGCAGUGCCUUCGUGUUCACCUUUCUGCUGAUUGCUCACGAGCAACUCGUUCAGCAGCGUCUGUUCGAAGAGAUUGAACGCAUGUUCAACCUCCAACCCAAUCCAGCCCUACAGGACUACAAUGACCUGAAGUACAUGGAUCGGGUGAUCAAGGAAUCGCUUCGAAUCUAUCCGCCGGUGCCGUUCAUCUCCCGUUUGAUCACCGAGGACGUCCAAUACGAUGGGAAGUUUGUCCCGAGGGGUACCAUCAUGAACGUGGAAAUCUACGAUCUGCACCGGGAUCCGGAGCAAUUUCCCGACCCGGAACGAUUCGAUCCGGAUCGGUUUUUGCCGGAGGAUGUUCAGCGGAGGAGUCCAUAUGCAUACGUUCCGUUCAGUGCCGGACCGAGGAAUUGCAUCGGUCAACGGUUUGCCAUGCUGGAGCUGAAGGCCAUCCUCACCGCAGUGCUCCGCGAGUUUCGAGUCCUGCCCGUUACCAAGCGCGAGGAUGUGGUCUUUGUUGCGGACAUGGUCCUCCGCUCGAGAGACCCAAUCGUGGUCAAAUUCGAACGACGCUAAGCUCUCUUUUGCUUUCUAUAGCGACCCGUUGACCCAGUGAAUUCAAGGAUUUCUCAGUUUUCUACGGACAAAGAGCGCAUCCUGAACUGCUACUAGGCUACCCAAGUGUCAUAUUCUUAAAUUGUUAAUCCUAACAUACUGUGUGAAUAAAUGUUCUUUUAUCGAUUA